UCGAAUUAAACCUUCAAUCGUAUAAUUUUGCGAGCAUUAAGCCACAUGCCUUCCUAAGAGAAACAAUGGGUAAAGGAGGAUCAGAAACGCACUCGGACCCUUCGGAAUACACGACAAAUUUCAACCUUCAUGUCGGCUACGGAUUUGCCCCUGGAAACAAAAUCACUGACUGGUUCAUUACCUGCAUUCCGAUCUCACUUUUAAUAAGUGGACUUGUUCAUUUUCCCCUCUAUAUAAGAAACAGCGACACAAAUGGAGCAUCUAAAAUGGACGUUAUUGAGGCCGUCCACUGGUCGGUCGUGUACACCAUACUCAUCGUGUGCAUCUUUUUCAUGGUAAAGUACAGCCAUAUCUACGCCGAGAUCGACCGAAUGAUCAGAAGCGGGGUCUACGAUUACGGUGAUGACUUCACAGAGGAACAGUACUCGUUGAGAGACGAAACGAACCGAAUCGUCAUCAAGCUCAGGAAGCUGCUGACCAUCGCUUUUACUAUAAGUGUAUCGUCGAGCUUGACGAAGCAGACCAUAUUCAGAAGAAAGCCGGGUAGUUGGAACACACCGUUCAAAGGAUGGACGCCCUUCGUUAUCGACUCUUGGCCAAGGUUCAUAGCGGUUACUAUAUACCAUUGUACUAUAACAGCCAACACAGGAAUAUGUGCGUACCUAUUUGUUCUAUGCUUCUUAACCUUCGGUAUCCACCUAGGAGGACAUUUGAAGAUACUGAGGAUCGCAAUACGAAACGUAUUCGUUCAGAACGGACAAACGGAACAACAAACUCUUGCUAAGUUGAAAAAAUGCACCGAACACCACCUACAGAUCAAAAGGUUAUUUCAUCUCGUACAGAUUUAUUCGGGUAAGUCCAGUGGUAUAUUGCCCAUCGGUUCGGUCGGAAUGAUCUGCACGUUUGUGUACGACAUGACGGGUGAAAACAGCAAAGUGGAUGUUUCGGUCAUGGUCCUUCUGCCCGAAGCGGGUAUCAUAACCAUGUACGCUCUCAUCGGACAGUACAUCACUGACGAGUCGGAAAAGGUGUGGGAUUGUUUCUACGAGAUCGACUGGUACUCGCAACCAGUGCCCGUUCGAAAGCAUUUGCUGAUGAUGAUGGUAGCGACAAAGAAAAGCAUGGACACCAAGGGAUUCGGAGUGUUCAAGUACAGCUUGGAAGGUUUAAAGGAGAUCAUGCAGACCACCUACACGUUCUACAACACCUUAAAAGCCACGAGAUAAACUAAAUAACCAAGCGUAGUUUUCAGUUUACACAAUAAUUUUCAACGGUAGAAAGUUUAAUAAAAAAUCGUAGGUAAAAUUUAAAUAUUUUAUGUCAUUGUAAUCUAAAAAAGU